GCCAAGUCUGCCUGCCACAGGGUUCGCUCUAGUCGAAUGGAGCCUGUAUGCGACUUAGGCAAGUUGUGCAGAAAUGACUGUUAGAUGUACAUUUCUUGCACGAACAGGAGGAAGCCAAUAGAGUAUUGCAAGAUUACUCAAGAAUCGGCGUUGCAAGCACUACGCUGAUGAAAACUCGAAUAAACGCGCUCCGAAUUUAUUUCGUUCCCUUCCGUCUUUUCAGGAGCUCCACUCCCGACAGUUUACAGUACCAGAUUAUCGUUCUCUCGCUCUCCGAUCGUCCAAAACCUCGAAUGCUGUCGUGCUUUUAGAGCGCAUUUGGAACAGAUUAAUGUUGUCAUGGACUGUCAUCUAUACGGAUAUAUAUCCUGAUUCACAUCGAAGGAUUUUCGCAGCAGGAAAAGUGGGCGUUUUACUAACCACAUAUUGAUGGGUCAUAUUACUGGCCAGCAUAUGGACAGGAAGAUAACAGAAUGCUUGCACUGAAGAUGGAUAUAUUUUAACGCUCAGACGUUGCCAGUGUGCUGUUUGCUACAAGAAGUAUCUGUCAUGGCUAACGAGAAACCCUACGAUAACCGCAACAUUGUGGAAAAGUAUAUCCAUUACAAACUGACGAAAAGGGGAAUUGCAUGGGAAUUCCACACGACCGACGAAAUAGACUCUUCUACCAACGGCCUAAAGGACGCACCUACUUCAGUGACUCGGCGGUGCCAUGCAACAUCGGCUGAGGAGGAUAGCGCACCACUUAAGGGCAGAGUUUCCACAUAUGACGAACAUGUCGCACUUCAUCGAGUUUUACGCGAAGCUGGGGAUGAACUCGAAAGACUGUACCAGCCUGACUUUGCAGAGAUGUCUAUGCAGCUGCAUCUUACAUCCAUCACUGCGCAUCGCAGGUUCACCGCCGUGGUGGACGAGUUGUUUAGGGAUGGAGUCAAUUGGGGGCGAAUUAUAGCGUUUUUCGAGUUUGGGGGAACAGUGUGCGUAGAGUGCGUCAAUAAGGAGAUGACGUCGCAAGUGGACAACAUUGCGGGCUGGAUGACAGAGUACCUCAAUGGACCGCUUCAAGCCUGGAUCCAGGAGAAUGGAGGCUGGGAAGCGUUUGUGGAGCUGUACGGCCGGCAAAAGGAGAGUGUGUUCCGCAGCUCGUGGCCCUCCAUAGUGACCAUCUUUGGCCUGGCUGCUCUCGGCGCUAUGGGCCUGACUCUGGGGGCAUACCUGGUUCAAAAAUGAAGGACACCUUUCGUCUUCCCUCCUCCUCUCCUUCCCUCUCUGUCUCACCCUCCCUUCCUCCCUCCCUCCCUCUCUCUCUUUCACUCUCUGUCUCUGUCUCUGUCUCUCUCUUUCUCAUUCUCUCUCUCUCAAACACACACACACACACACACACACACACACACACACACACACACAUACACACUCGUGCUUGUUUCUGAAGGAGCUCCUGGCCCUGAGAGAGGCUCCACUCACUCCACUCUUCCUCCAACCUGUCUCUCAUCAAAGCAUCCCACCUCGCUCUCUCCUAUUCCCCUUUCUUUCUCUCCCCACCCCCAUCCCCUCCCUCUCGUCCCGCUGAUCUUCAAAACAAAGACACAAAUCAAACAGUGCGAGAGAAAAAAAACACAGCGGGAAAGGGAAGCUUCUGCCCACACACCAUGAAGUAAAACGGCACAGAUACCAAAGACUGUUUUCAAUCACAAUUACUGACAUGCAAAGGCUGAGAUGAGGUCAUGGCAACAGGGAAGGAGCUUGGCAGUGAUGGACCUCUCUGUUGUUACCCCCGCAACCCUCAACCAUAGUUAGAAGUUCUGCGUGUGUCUUUCUGGCUGGAGUCCGUGUGGGUGAUUAUGUGUACAGUGAGGGGAAGGCUUUGCAUGUGCCCCGGUCUCACCAAAAGUGAAACAGUGCAACAGUGAGAAUGGCCGUGGUGGAGGAGAACUCAAGGACACACCCACGGUUUUACAGAAGAUGAAGUAUUCUGCCCCCCUCCACACACACACACACACACACACACACAUGUGCACACACGCGCACACACACACACACACACACACUGUUUGGAGUGGGCAGCCCCAGUUGAGUGAUGGACUGUGGGUUCACCCUUCCAGAACGCUGUCUGAACUAGCCCCCUCCUCCUCACACCUGGUCCUCUGCAUGCUGGCUGACGGAGGCUCGCGUCCAGCCCAGUGAGAGACCGCUGCCCUGUUGCCCAGUCCUAGAGCCGUCGUCCCCUCUCAAGGUUAACCAGGAAUGGCUAUUCAUCCUCACACCGCCUGCCAAAAAAGCAAGGCGAGGCCAGCCAACCCAGCGGGCAUCUGAAUUCAAAUUCAUCUAGUGCCACGGUGUGUGUGGGGAAGAAACGAGGAGGGGGGUG